UGUAAAUGUCAAAACUGACAAAAUCAACAAAACAAUAACAAUUUUUGCAAUUUUCAUUUUUCCUUUGUUUUCUUCUCUGAUAGAAGUCUGAAGAAGAAACAAAAAAUAUUUGUGUGCUAUUAAAUAUUUAGAAAGAAUAGAGUCCAAUUAUUGAUGAGUAAACUGCUUCGAAAGGUAUUUUCAUUUCGAGUUUUUCGUAAUUUCUUGUCAGCCGCAACACCGUUCGGCGUAAGAAUGGUGAGAUUCUUUCGUAAUCCAUAUGAAGAUUACAAACAUGGAGCGAGCCUGGCGCUGGACAAGAAUGGGAUAGUAUCACAAAUAAACGAGCACACUCAAAAUAUAGCUAAACGUCUUCAGCCGCAUCGCAAAAAUGUUGACGGUGGACUUUACGUCGGUGUUACCGGCGUUUCGUACAUGUUCUAUUAUUUGGCGAAAAACCCGUUGUUGUCGGAGAAUAAAACCAGUUACCUUGAGAAGGCAGUCGAAUACCUUUCUCCGGCGUUAGAGACAUCGGCGGGCGACCGGACAUCAUUUCUCCUGGGUGACGCCGGCACACAUGCACUGGCGGCCGUUUUGAAGCGUGAAUUGAGAGACGAGACAUACGCUGACCACCUGAAGUCUUAUAAAUCUCUAUACAGUCAGUAUUUAAAUCCUAAUUUUCUUAAAUGUGGUGGUGACGAAUUCUUCGUGGGUCGUGCUGGUUAUUUAGCUGGAGCGUUGUGGGUAGCUCGUGACAUACAAAUUCAAAUCUUCACAAACGAAGAGCUUUAUAAAAUAUGUGAUGUUAUGAUUGCAUCUGGGCGAGAAUAUUCUAGAAAACACGGGAGCCGGUGCCCUUUGAUGUACCAUUAUUAUAACACAGAAUAUAUAGGCGCUGCCCAUGGCAUUAGCUUCAUAUUGCAGAUGCUUCUAUCUGUACCUGGUUAUUUGGAACACAAUAAGUCUGCUGCCCAUGAUAUUAAGUCAACAGUUGACUUCAUAGCUUCAUUACAGACAGAAGAAGGUAACUGGCCUUGCUGUAUGGAAGAAAUAGGUUUACCAGAGCACAAACUCGUACACUGGUGCCAUGGGGCACCUGGGACAGUAUACCUAAUGGCUAAAGCAUACUUAGUAUUUAAAGAUCAAAAGUUUCGCAAUGCUUGUAUCAAGGCUGGAGAAGUUACUUGGAAUAAAGGGUUACUUAGAAAGGGUCCAGGAAUUUGUCAUGGUGUAGCGGGCAAUGGAUAUGUCUUUCUUCUACUCUUCAGACUAACUGGAGAUGAGAAAUAUCUACACAGAGCUAACUUGUUUGCUGCAUUUAUGACCACAGACGAGUUUUUGAGGGAUGCAAGGCUCCCUGAUAAUCCAGAGAGUCUGUAUGAAGGCACGGCUGGUACUGUGUGCUAUUUAGCUGAUCUUCUGGUACCAGAUACUGCUGCGUUUCCCUUUCAAAAUGUUUUCUCUUAAUGUACAAAUAUUUAACAUAAUGUUAUUUGAUAUGUGAUAACUUUUGCCUAUUUAUUAUUUAAUUGAUUACAAUUGUAAUUUCUUUGUGAAGUCAAAAAUAGAUUUAUGUUGACUAGACCAAUA